CGCGCGGCGGCGGCAACGGUGGCGGCGGCCCCAGGUACGCGGACAAGAUGGCGGCGGCAGCGGUCGACAACGCGAUGGAGGUGGUGCCGGCGCUGGUAGAGGAGGCCGCACCCGAGGCGGCGGGCCUCAGCUGCCUUGUCAACCUCCCGGGCGAGGUGCUGGAGUACAUCCUGUGCAGCGGCUCACUGACGGCCGCCGACAUCGGCCGCGUCUCCAGCACCUGCCGGCGGCUGCGCGAGGUGUGCCAGAGCAGCGGGAAGGUGUGGAAGGAGCAGUUCCGGGUGAGGUGGCCCUCCCUUAUGAAACACUACAGCCCCACCGACUACGUCAAUUGGUUGGAGGAAUAUAAAGUUCGGCAAAAAGCUGGGUUAGAAGCCCGGAAGAUUGUAGCCUCGUUCUCAAAGAGGUUCUUUUCUGAGCACGUUCCCUGUAACGGCUUCAGUGACAUUGAAAACCUUGAGGGACCAGAGAUAUUUUUUGAGGAUGAACUGGUUUGCAUCCUAAACAUGGAAGGAAGAAAAGCUUUGACCUGGAAAUACUAUGCAAAAAAAAUUCUUUACUACCUACGGCAACAGAAAAUCCUAAAUAACCUCAAGGCUUUUCUUCAGCAGCCUGAUGAUUAUGAAUCCUAUCUGGAAGGAGCCGUCUACAUCGACCAGUACUGCAACCCUCUCUCUGACAUCAGCCUCAAAGACAUCCAGGCCCAGAUUGACAGCAUCGUGGAGCUUGUUUGCAAAACCCUCCGGGGCAUAAACAGUCGCCAUCCCAGCUUGGCCUUCAAGGCAGGCGAAUCCUCCAUGAUAAUGGAAAUAGAACUCCAGAGCCAGGUGCUGGAUGCCAUGAACUAUGUUCUUUAUGACCAACUGAAGUUCAAGGGGAAUCGGAUGGAUUACUAUAAUGCUCUAAAUUUAUAUAUGCACCAGGUUUUGAUCCGCAGAACAGGAAUCCCAAUCAGCAUGUCGCUGCUGUACCUGACAAUUGCUCGGCAGCUGGGAGUCCCCCUGGAGCCUGUCAACUUCCCGAGUCACUUCUUGCUGAGGUGGUGCCAAGGCGCGGAAGGGGCAACUCUGGACAUCUUUGACUACAUCUACAUCGAUGCUUUUGGGAAAGGCAAGCAGCUGACAGUGAAAGAAUGUGAGUACUUAAUUGGCCAGCACGUGACUGCAGCGCUGUAUGGGGUGGUCAACGUGAAGAAGGUGUUGCAGCGGAUGGUGGGAAACCUGCUAAGCCUGGGGAAGCGGGAAGGCAUCGACCAAUCGUACCAGCUCCUGAGAGACUCGCUGGAUCUGUACCUGGCAAUGUACCCGGACCAGGUGCAGCUUCUGCUCCUCCAAGCCAGACUCUACUUCCACCUGGGAAUCUGGCCAGAGAAGUCUUUCUGUCUUGUCUUGAAGGUGCUUGACAUCCUCCAGCACAUCCAAACCCUCGACCCCGGGCAGCACGGGGCGGUGGGCUAUUUGGUGCAGCACACGCUAGAGCACAUUGAGCGCAAAAAGGAGGAGGUAGGCGUGGAGGUUAAGCUGCGCUCUGAUGAGAAGCACAGGGAUGUCUGCUACUCCAUCGGGCUCAUAAUGAAGCAUAAGAGGUACGGCUAUAACUGUGUGAUCUACGGCUGGGACCCCACCUGCAUGAUGGGCCACGAGUGGAUCCGGAACAUGAACGUGCACAGCCUGCCUCACGGCCACCAUCAGCCCUUCUACAAUGUGCUGGUAGAGGACGGCUCUUGUAGAUACGCAGCCCAAGAAAACUUGGAAUAUAACGUGGAGCCUCAAGAAAUCUCGCACCCAGAUGUGGGACGCUAUUUCUCAGAGUUUACCGGCACUCACUACAUCCCAAACGCUGAGCUAGAAAUUCGAUAUCCAGAAGACCUGGAGUUUGUCUAUGAAACGGUGCAGAAUAUUUACAGUGCAAAGAAAGAGAACAUAGAUGAGUAAAGUCUGGUAGAGGACAUUGUACCUUUGCUGCUGCUAUCUUCCAAGAGGACAGGAUUCUAGAAGGAGAUGCACCCGCGGCUCCCUCGGAGUCACACCACCAGGAAAGCCACCUCACCCGUCGCGCUGGUUGCCUCCUCCUAAGUUAAAUGACGUGUGCUCUCCUCCAGCUGCAAAGACAAUGUUGCUCUCCGCCUACACUAGUGAAUUCACUUGAAAGGCACUGUGUUCAGUGGCAUGGCUUGUACGCUUGUCCUGUGGUGACAGUUUGUGACAUUCUGUCUUCAUGAGGUCUCACAGUCAAUACUGCAUUCUUUUUUAUCCACCUUCCAUCCUACGUCUGUCUACAUUUGUCUCAGAACAUUUCAUUUGCUGGACAGAUGGGGUUACACAUUUGCAAUAAUUUCUUUGAUUUCUCUAUAGAACAUGUGCAGUCCUCAGUCAGGAUUGUUUGUCUUUUUACCCUGAAUUUAGUUGCAUAUUCAGAGGUAAAGUUGUACACUAACUUGGCAGCAUCUUGCGGAUGGAGACAUUAACAAGCUAAUGGUAAUUAGAAUCAUUAGAAUUUAUUUUUUUGCUAAUACAUGAAACACAGAUUUCAAGUGUUUAUCUUUUUUUUAUUUAAAUUGGGAGAAUGACAGUUUUCCCUUCCAUAUAACUCUCUCGGAUUUAUGCACAUUUCUACAAAUCACGAGCUUUCUAUUUUACUACAUAAGAUUCUUUGAGAAAAUGCAUAAUAAUGGCCUUUAUGAGUGGACUUUUCCACAUUCAUCUACUAUUCCUUUCUUGAAAUGACUACUUUUUUUUUUAAUUUUAAAAAUCUGCUCCAGUAUCAUGAGUAGGUCUUAAAUCAGCGAUGGGCUCUGUUCUGUAGUGAGACUUACAAGUCUGAUGUUGAAAUAUUUCCUGUUAGAAAUCAUACUCGCUGGUCUCCAAAGACCAAAAGAUGGGGUCUUGUUUUUCUAAUCAAAAUAAAAAGAGAACUAAUGAACCUUAAUUAAGAAGAGAGAGAGUUCAUACCCCUUGUCAUUCCUGAGAAUCACUUCCAGACCCUUUUGAAUGUGGCAGGGUAGAAUGAAGAAAUGUCUUUAAUUUUCAGAGUGUUGGGCUCUUGGGAGAGAAGGUAUGCAUGCAACCUGGCUUCUCCACCACCAGUGCCCCAAAGGCACCAGGACAAAGCUUGUUCCUGCGCCCCCCCGGGCGAGUCUGUCUGACUUCAGACCCCCUGGCUCCUUUCCGUGUUCUUAGCAACCGAGCGUGAAGCGACCGAGUCUUUCUGCAGCUUUGGAACUCCCACUACUCACGACCUGCCAGUUUUCAAGUCAGCUGUCUUGUAAUUAACCAGUAGAAGCUAACUUCCGGAGUUAGGACCUAGUUACGUUGCAAUCUGCAUUUAAAAUACAUAAUCCAGUCACUCUAGUGAAUGAGGCUUUAGGGGCUGCAAUUCAGCAGCCUUGCCACCUAUCUGUCAUUGCAUGCAGUAUUUCCACGCCACGCUGAAUGGCUGCUUUUUUGUCUACCCUUUGGGAACCCUGGGGUGACCAAGAUUUGGGGAACCCCCUGAGACCACUUAUUAGCAAGUAAAGGCCAGUAGGCAGUUACUAGAAAGAGACGGGGAUUUAGCAGCGGGCUCCUUCCAGCCUGAACAGCUACCACCCAGUGUCCAUGUUCCUCAUCAGUCAAAUCCAAAAUCAGAUGAUUUGAAUUUGCAUUUGAUAACGUGACCACUCACAACACCUAGCCUGCCUGAAGUUGCAGGGAUUUUGUACUGCUCAUUUAAAGGUAAAAAUUAGACAAUAUGGGAUUAACAUUGAGAUGCGUUACUAAGAAACUGUGGAGCAUGCUGAGAGUUAAUAAUUGUUGGUUUUCUGGUUUGAUUUCCUUUUUUCUUAGAAUAACAUCAAAGCCGAGAACAAUGGUUUUACCUUUACUGACCCGACUGUAAAUAUGUAUCUAGACUGACUGUUUUUAAAUGUGUUUCUUCAUGAAUGCUUCAUUUGGCUCCAGGAAGCCUGUAUCAUCACCUGUGUAAGUUGGUAUUUGGGCACUUUAUAUUUUUCUAAAAACGUGUUUUGGAUCCUGUACUCUAAUAAAUCAUGUUUCUUUUUAAAAAAUUUU